AUGGAUCCACCAUUACCAAUUUUACUGGGACUUUCCCACUCACGCACUCCCCAGCUCAUCCUAUUUACCUGGGUCUUGGCUUGCUACAUCACCAUCCUGUUCUGUAACUUCCUCAUUGUGGUGACCAUCCAUGUCGAACCCCACCUCCUCCAUUCCCCCAUGUAUUUCUUACUCUCCAGUCUUUCCUUGAUUGAUAUGUCCUUGGGUUUCAUGGCUGCUCCUAAGACGAUGGCCAAUCUGAUGGCCUGUGGCCAUACAAUUUCCUUUGGGGGCUGCAUGGCCCAGCUCUUCUUCCUCCAUCUCUUUGGGGGUGCAGAGAUGCUCCUCCUCGCCAUCAUGGCCUACGAUCACUACGUGGCCACCUGCCACCUGCUGAGGUACAUGGCCAUCAUGGACCGGCCGCGCUGCUUCAGGCUCCUUAUGGUUUGCUGGGUAGGAGGCCUCAUUUAUACCACUAUCCAGAUGGUGGUGGUUACCCAGCUACCCUUCUGUGGGUCCAAUGUGCUGGACAAUUUCUACUGUGACAUCCCACAGGUUAUCAAGCUAGCUUGCACAGAGACUUUUGUCAUUGAGUUACUCAUGGUGGCCAACAGCCGCCUGCUCUCCUUGCCCUGUUUCUUGAUCUUGCUCAUCUCAUAUGCUGUCAUCUUGGCCACCCUACAAGGAUACUUCAGGAAAGGGAGUGGGAAGGCUCUGUCCACCUGCAGCUCUCACCAUAUUGUGGUCAGUCUCAUUUAUUUAUUUAUU